GGAGCUUGGCUAGUCGGCUGAGGGGAUGUCGCGGGCGGCGGUGGCGCUUUGGUGCUCCUGAGGCGGUCGCCUCCUUCCUCCUUCCCUCCCUCCCGUCUCGGCCCUGCAGCCAUGGGGCUGGGCUCUAGCUCCGAGGUUUCCGAGGGGGGCUCCGAGGGCUAUCAUGUGCACGGGGUUCAGGAAAACUCUCCUGCUCAUCAGGCUGGAUUGGAGCCGUUCUUUGAUUUCAUCCUCACAAUAGGACACACUAGACUGAAUAAAGAAGGCGACACUCUGAAAGAUCUCCUGAAAGCCAACAUGGAGAAGGCCGUGAAGUUGGAGGUCUACAACAUCAAAACAAUGAAAGUGCGCGAGGUGGAAGUGACCCCCAGCAAUAUGUGGGGUGGGCAGGGACUCCUGGGAGCCAGCGUGAGGUUCUGCAGUUUCCAAGGAGCCAAUGAACACGUGUGGCAUGUUCUGGAUGUGGAACCAGCUUCUCCAGCAGCUCUCGCUGGCCUGCAGCCGCUUACCGCGGGACUACAUUGUUGGAUCGACCAGAUACUCCAGGAGUCGGAAGAUUUCUUCUCGCUGAUUGAAUCCCACGAGGGGAAGCCUUUGAAGCUGAUGGUUUAUAACAUGGAGAUGGAUUGCUGUCGAGAGGUUUACGUGACCCCCAACGGAGCCUGGGGUGGAGAAGGAAGUUUAGGAUGUGGCAUUGGAUAUGGCUACCUACACAGGAUUCCGACGCAGCCUGCUGUGCCCACAAAAAAAUCCGAAACCAGUGCCCUUUCUCCUUUGCCAUCCGGAGAUAUGCCUCCUGAGCCACCUACUAACGGCUACACAGAGACGCCGCUGCUGGCACCUGCCUCCCUGAGUGAAGACCCUGCAAGUCUGUCUUGCAGCACAGAUGAAAGUGGGCAUCUGUAUUCAGUAGAAAACUCUCUUCACCCGCCUCCUCCUGUCCAAAGAGUCAUGGAUCCAGAUUUUAUAGAUAUGUCCGGAGCUUCCUUUCCUGAAUUAAUCGACUUGGUGAAAACAGUCAAUGUGCCUUCCUCUGUUUCUUUCAAUACAUCAACUGCCUCUGCAGAAACGAACGAAGACUUGCUAACAAGCAGUGUAGCUGAAUCAUUCUUCAACCAAGCACCUCUUCCAGUCCCAGAAGACCCACUGCUUUCUCCAGAGAGCUCGUGUCCUCAGCCGGAGUUGGAUAAACAAACGCCUUCGCUGUCUCCCUUGCCAUCUCUCCCUACGGAUAGUCCUGCAACGGUGACAUCCUUGGAGGAUUCUGAUUCUCAAGAAACUGCUUUGCGUUCAGGUGAAACGGAGGGCUCCACAGAAUUACUGGCAGAGGAUGAAAAGGACGAGGAACUCUCAGCUCCAUGAAGGGACGCCUCCUUCCCGUGGCUUCACAGCCUGCGCCGUGCUUUGAUUCUCAGAGACGAUCAUUGUUGCUCAUCACAGGAAUUCGAGCAACGUUUCCCACACUCAUUGGGUCUGUCUGUGGUUGGCCAGGAAGCCUGAACAUCUGCAGAGCCACUCCUCUGUGGUAAUACAAGGCAACUUAUUCACAACUUCUUCCCGUUGCCAGCUUUUCAGAAAGCCCACCAUUCGCUGCAUACAGAGCAAGCACAGAUAGCGGACUUCAGAGGGCAGAACUCGCCAGCCAUCUAUUGUAGCUGCCAGCUUAAUUGCUCGUUUCCCUUUUCUCCUAAAAGGAAAUUAAUAGUGCCACAGAUAUUUCAUUUUUUUUUCAAAGAGAUAAGGAAUAACUUAAACGACUCUUGAAGAAUCAGGGCUGUCCAAAUAUCUUCUGAGGGAUGGCAGAAAUAUAAUAAACACGCUACUUUAAUUACAUUUGAAGAUUCUAGCGUUAAGAUCCAGUCUGCCGCUGCAUGUGCCUGUAUAUGGAGUGACUUCUGCAGGGCCCAGUCAUCUUCCUAUAGCCUUCCUUAGCACAAGUCACUCAACUUACGCCUCAGCAAAAGGAAGGCUAACACACAUGUUAAACAGAGGUGAAUUUUCAGUAGACCUUGUCUGAAUUGUUGACUGUAUUUAUGCUUGGUUAUGUAGUUUUGAGGCAACAACUGACUGAAUCAAGCCCUCAGGUAGACUCCCGUUUUUAAAGCUCAUUGGCUGUUCUCCCCUUCAACUAGAAAUGACGUUCUCCUUUGUCGCUGCGGGGAACGUUCUUGGAAGUACAGUACAGAGGUAAAAAUUAGUGUUCUAUACUAUACCUGUCUUUUUAAUCAGGAUUAGAUUUUGGCAAAUCCUAGAUCACUACAAACAUUUAAGGUUGGGACUAAAUCGCAUGUACUGUUAAGAUAAAAUUACCUUGCUUUUAAACAAAACCGGAAUUUGAGGGCAAGUUAGCCGCUGACAUCUAGCAGGGCCAUACUUGUAAACGGAGGUAGUCUGCCUCUGGGACUUACAGCCCAAUCUGGAUGCAGGGGACAAUGGAACUGGUGGAUGCUAACAAUUCCCGCCCCCCCCCCCCCCCACCAGUGGAAGGGUAAUCCCAGCUGGCUGCCACUCAGUUUUCUGGCAGCAAACCCCAGAUGUCUGGGGCACCGCAGAGCAGUGCUGGUACCCCCAUCGAAUGCUGGUGUGGGGGCAUUCCCAUAUGUUCCAGCCCAGAAAUGCCACCCCAGGGCGGUGAGCGUGUUUCAGCAACGGGGCAGUUAAGGUGGCGGGGGUGUGUUUUGUUUUCCCUCCCUUCUGCGCCACCCAGAACCUCUUUGGAGUCGGUGCAGCGCUAACUCUGGCUGCCUCCCCAAAUGCAUCCCCAUCUGGAUUGCCCUCCAAGUCCCUCAGCUACUGAAAAAUUCAGCCCUGCGCAACUUCAGUGUGAAUUAUGGAAAUGACCGGGACAGCUGCUAGUGCUGUGGUAUCUCUUGAAAUAAUUUCUAUGAAUGGUUUUAUUUUUCUGGUACAUUUCUUGAACACUGGAAAUAAACCUUUUGAAAAGUUA